AAUGCAAAUGGGGUAAUAAAUGGUUAGAGGGAUUUAUGUGCUGUUAUAAACUUAGUAAUCGCCACCAUACAACAAUAGCACAAAGGUUACCAGAAGAUUUAAUAGAAAAACAACAUGAAUUUUUAAAUUUUAUUCUUUAUCGCCGUAUUCAAUAUGAUUAUUCUUUAAAUUUAAUUGAAAAUAUAGAUGAAACACUCCUGACUUUUGAUAUGCCUAGUAAUAUAACAGUAGAAGAAACAGGUUCUAGAACAGUUAGCAUACAUACUACAGGACACAAAAAAUUAAAUUUUACUGUGGUACUUUCUUGUAUGGCAGAUG